AAUUUGAAACAACACUGCAAACAGGCAGUUGUUCAAUGUAGAUCAUGCCAAAAAGGAAAGACAUUCCCGGGUGAUCGACAACCAUGGCAUGAGCUUAAUUCCAGCAGACGAACAACUGUGCCUUUCGCAAAAGUGUCCACAGAUAUAGUUGGACCGUAUAAGACCACAAAUGGCGAAUCCAAAAUGUAUGCGAUAACACUCAUCGAUAGUGCAACAGGAUAUGCUCUAGCACGGACUACAAAACGCUGUCCAUCCAGUGAGGAUGUUGUCGAUAUUUUCCAACACCUGACUGAGGAAUUUUGUACUUCACCGUUAGUAGUACAUACUGAUAAUGGUUCAGUGUUUGUAUCCGAAAGAUUCUCGAAAUACCUUAGAUCAAUACGGGCAGUACACGAGCGAUCAGCAGUGUUUGCUAGCUGGUCUAAUGGUAAAGUAGAGCGUUUACAUAGAGAUAUAAAUGCAUAUAUAAGGU